GUGUAGGGAAGGGGUAAACUUCUGGUGCCACGCGCCGUACUCCCGAGAUCAAAAGCAAAUGGUGGGAAGCUCCUUCUUCACGCUUCCCCUUUGGGAAGCCAACGUUUCAUACGAUCGUACUGAUUCUCACUCUUAUGUGAAAACAUACGAAGGUCAAUGUUUGUCAAAUGAUUUCUCUGAACGGUAACAUUAUGCACAUAACCUAAAAGGAUGUAGUGUAGUGAAUAUCAUAUUCUGAAACAUCAUUUUUCCUAACAAUUCGUUGAAUAGGGAAAUAUAAACUUAUGAGAAAUUGAUCUUUUAUUACAUAGUUGAUUUAAUAAAAAUUCAAAGAAUUUAUAUAAGUUUAUUUUAAUGUGUAUGUUUACGUUUAAGCGUCUAUAUCAUACACAAACACUACACUACUAAUAAUUGGAUAUAAAUAAGAAUAAAAUAAAGAAAAAUUAACAAUGUCAGAUGAAGAAGAUUAUAUGUCAGAUAAAUUUUUACAAGGAUCUGAAAAAGAUACUUCCUCAACUCUUCUCUAUCGACAUGCAGAUAAAAGGAAAUUUGAACUUAUGAAAAAGAAAACUGAAAUUGAAGCAAAGUUAAAAGACAAAAAUUCUGCAAAAUAUAUUGAAGAAGAAAAGCGGGAAGCUGGCUUAUCUUCUGCAAUUACUAGUACCAACAAAGGUUUUGAAAUGCUUAUCAAAAUGGGAUAUAAGCCAGGUCAUGGUAUAGGUAAAACUGAAUCAGGAAUGACUGAACCAAUUGGUCUUGAUAUAAAAUCAAACAGACAUGGUUUAGGAAAAGAAGUGAAGAAAAAAGAAAUCAAAAUUAAAACUAAUACAAUUAGUGAUAAAUUAGAUAACAAAAAUAUGAAAGACUUUCGUAGUAGAAUUGCACAAAAGAAAGCAGAACAGUUAUUAAAAGCAGAUCUAUUCAAAAGUCAAAAAUCCUGUGAACAGUUGGAUAUGAAGUUAAACAUAGAAAAACCUAGAGAAGUUUGGUUUUGGUUGCCUCAAGAUAAUGAAAGUGAUAGUGAAUCUGAGGAAGAUGAUGAUGAAGAUAUACUUCCUGUUAAUGAAAAACUUGAAAUUCUUACAAAGUAUUUAAGGGAAAAACAUUUUUAUUGCAUUUGGUGUGGAACAGCAUUUCAAGAUACAGAUGAUUUAAGAGAUAACUGUCCAGGAAAUACAAGAGACGAUCACUGAAUAUGAUAGGAUUAAUUAUUAUUAAUUUAAUUGCAAAACUGAAUAAUAACAAUGAAUAAAUUCAAAAAUACAUUCAUGUUUUUUU